UGGCUAAAAGCCUUCGCAUUUGUUCGUUACUGGUAAAAGGCUGAAGUUACGUUUUUGGCGGUAACAGAGUGAAAUAGUGUUUUUAUCCUUUUAACAGGAUUAUUAUUUAUUAUUUAGCCCUUUAGGAAUAGUGUUUGAUAGUGGAGUUGUUUAAAAAAUAGUUAUGAAGCCGAAAUUCGCCAAAGGUGACAAAGUGUUCGCCAAGGUGCGCGGCUAUCCGCCCUGGCCGGCGAAGAUCGACGCCCUCGCCGACGAGACCCCGAGCAAGAUGAAGUACCACGUUUAUUUUUACGGUACCGGGGAAACAGGGGUCGUGAAAGCGGAAGACAUCUGCUCCUACGUUCAGAACAAGGCGAAGCUCGGCAAGCCGAAAAAGCACAAAAACUUCACCGAAGCCCUCGCCGGCAUAGAAGACGAUAUGACCGAAGAGGAGCUGGCCGAAUUGGCCGCGGCCACCGGCGGCACGGCCGAAGAGAAGCAGCCCGACUUGGACGAAAGUGCGAUAUCCGUCGACGAAAGCAAAGGCGAGACGCCCAAGCAGGUAGCGAAGCGUAUUUCUGAAGAUGGUAAAACAGAUACACCUAAACCUGGUGGAGGACGGAGGGUCUCUAAUGCAAGGCAACCGACAAAACCAAUGCAGCCUACUCCUAAGGCAAAGCCCAAGGAGAAAAAGAGGAAAGUAGAAUCCGAUGAAGUAUCAGAGAAAGAGGCGAAGAGAGCGAAACCUUUAUCGGCUGCUGAAGAGUCUCCAGUACCGACGUCCACAACAGCAAUGGAUAUGGUAGAAGAAAACCAAUCGGAAAUGGUAGAUAAAGACAAAGAAAUGAGCACGCAGGCCGACGAUAAACGAGACAGCGAUAAGGAACAAGACGAUAAAUUAGAAUACAAGAACAGAUCUGGUCCAAAAUCUUCGCUUGAAGUGAUGUCAAGAUCAGGGAGAAAAAUAAAACCAAAGCGAUUUGCAGAUUUUAAUGAGCUUAAUGAAGAAAGCAAACAGGGAAAAGUUGCAAAAUCAAAAACCGAUAGACCAGAAAAUGAGUUUCUUUUUGCAGGAAAAGAGCCCAACAGAGUAAAAAUUCCUUUAACACUCAAUCGGCCAAAUUUUGAAAACAGCAGAUAUGCUGAUGAUUGGGAUGAAAUGGUCUUGGAGUAUGCUCUAUCCCUUAAAAAGCGCAUUGAGUCUGGCGAGUUCAAAGAAUCCGUUGAUGUGCAUAUGGAUCAAUGGACUAAAGAUAAAUAUGCCGAAGUGGUUCGACAGCGCAAAGAAGAGAAAAAUGAGUGGUUUACUAUUGAAGGAAAAAUUCUUGAUGCUGACUAUAGCAUCAAAGAAUCUCUCAGCCUCAAGAAUCCUGAUCCGCAGAAGUGCAUAGCAAGCCUUGACAAUCUUGAUAAACUUGCUAUCAAUUCACUCAUGCUUAAGAAACACCCCGACAUUGUUACAACUGUAAAAAAAGUGAGGAAGUACGUCGGCAACACCAGGAAUUGGACGAUGACACAAAAGGAGUUGGAAGAGUUCCAGGAGCUGACAAGUAUUAUAAGGAAAAAGGCGGAUCACAUCUACAACAAAUUCAAAGCCCUCUUCCUUCUUCCCAAAGGUAAGAGCUUUUGGGUUCACUUUACAUCAGAAAUCGAGACUUUCAGCAAAAAGACCAAAAAUAUGACCUUGGAUGAGAUAUUUGCUAUAAUAGAGGACAAAUGAAGUAAGUUGUAUAUUUUUCCAUGU